AUGUGCAAUUUGGACUCGGGAGCCAUGCAGCGCCUCACCGAAGCUGAGUGCCGCAUCUACAUUGCGAUAGCCUACGAGCAAGGCAAGGCACAUUUGUACCCGGUGGAUCCGCGCGAGAUGGCGUCGCACUUCUGUCUCGCGCGCCGGUGGACGUCGACGGGCGUUGAAGCGUGGGUCGUCCGCCGGCUCACCGACGUGCAGAUCAGCCCCAUGUUGCUUUCAACCACAGUGUCGUCCACCCCGAAGAAGACUGCCGUGGCUGGCACCAUGACGCGUUCUCCACACCUGCCUUCCACAGCCGUGACGUCCAUGUCCCCCGAGGGUGUCCCCCGCGGUAGCGUGGCCGGCCCCAUAACGCGCAGUCGCCUUCGCCAAGAAAAAGGACUCGUGCGUGAUGCUGGUUAG